GUUCAGUUCAAGCCACACAGAUCGAUUUGUGGUUGUAUGUGAGAGAAAAUUCUAAAAUAUAUAGAUACUGAAGAAGAGAAAUAUAUAAAAUAAAAUAAUAUAUAUUUAAAAGAUGGUGGGGCGUCAAUACGAUUGUUUGGCAAACCCUCUUGGUGCCGUCCGGUUCACUUUUGACAAGGCUGUUGCCGCCGCCGGUUCAGAUCCGGCUUCUUUCGACCGCAAAGAUUGGGGCGUUUCCGAAAUCUUUCGCGAAUUCCUUUUCGAUAAUGACGGCCUAAAUCAGGUUCCGAUGCUAACUCCAUCAACAGUUAAAUGGAUUCAACCAAACUCUUUAGUUCGGUUCCGUGGAAUGAUACAAGACAUGUUGGGUAAUGAAUUCUAUGUUGGAGCUUAUAAGAAUGAAGGGACAUGGAAUACCAACAAGUUUUCAGAUGUUUCUCAGUUUUCUAUGGGUCCUUCACCUGAUAUACGGAUCUGGGAACGUCGUUUACUCUACUGUGUUCCUGUCCCUGGCCAGAACCCCUGGGCAGAUUCUACUUCUGAGGCUGUGAUAACUAUGCAUGCCACAUCAGCUAACCGAGAGAAGCGACAUAGAGAGGCUUUCUCUGUUUCUGAAGAGGUGGAAAUGCAAGACUCGGUUAACGAGAUGCCAAAUUCUCCGCGGGCAAAGAAGAUGCGUGAAAAUGAAUCUCUCCCAAUGGACAACAUGACUGAGGAAACAGGCUGUGGUACCAGUAUGGUGCCUGUUUUUGAUAGAACUAAUUUUCCAUGUUUGGUGAAGAUAUAUGACUCUCCGGAGUCUGACUUGAAGCUAAAUGACGUGUUUGAGUUCAUUGGUGUUCUUACAUUUGAGACUGAUGUUAAAGAUGAUAAAAAUGGUGAAAAUGAAGUGGCUAAUUGCUUUGAUGAAGAGGAAUCGGUCAGCCUACCUCCUAGUAAGGUGCCACGUCUUCACUGUCUUGUACACAGAAAGCUAUCACUUAAUGAUAUGAUUUUUAGCUUACCAGCAUUGGAGCCAAAGCCUGAAUUGGUGAAAGGAAUUCGUGAAUCCCUGUUGCAGCAUCUUACACUAGUUCUUGGGGGUGACGAGUUAGCAGCUCAUUUCAUCUUAUUGCACCUGUUGUCAAAGGUUCAUGCUAGGGUAGACUCAGUUGCGGUUGGGAAACUAUCACUUAAUCUGACUAGUUUUGACAAGUCAAGUAUAUCCGUCUUUGGUAAUCGUAUCAAUGAUGCAGUAAAGAACCUUCUACCUUUCACUCAUUCCAUUCCCCUCACUGUGGAAUAUCUUAACACUGCUGCACUUGCUCCUGUAAAGGAUUACCAAACAAACAGACUUGUGCCCGGGGCUCUUCAAUGUGCAGAGGGGACACAUUUGACAAUAGACGAGUUGCAUUUACAAUCAGGGACUCUAAACAGUAAUGGUAUUGAAAAUACAGAACUUCUGAAGGAUCUGAUGGAAUUCCAAAAGGUUGAAUAUGAUUUUAAGUUCUACAAAAUGAAGAUGGAUGCUGAUGUUCAAAUAUUGAUUCUUUCCGAAAGAAAAUCAAACAUUCUGCCAGCUGAUCUAGUUCUCCCUUUCCAUCCAUCGUCUGUGGGUUCACUGGGAGUAGUCGAUGAACAAACAUUAAAUGCGUGGAGAUGGUACUUGACUACUCUUAGGUCAUUGCCGCAUUCUAUUGGGACAGAAAUGCAAAAGGUGGUAGAAGAUGAUAUGGUUGCAGCUAGGCAAGCUGAUCGGAGUCUGGGGACUGAAGAUUUUAACAGGUGGCUUACUAUGGGUCGUCUAAUGUCAUUGAGCUUGGGCGAGACAUGCCUAUCACAUGAACACUGGCAAAUGGUGAAAGAAUUGGAAAGGCUAAGAAAAGAACGACUCCAGUAAAUGCAGCCAGCAUCAACUAGAUAGCUAUGGUGGUUCAACGCGUAUGGUUCUAAUUUUGGUGUUCAAGUAUCGGUGUAGUACCUUAUUGAACUAUACGGUUCCCCUAUUCAUGGCUCUCUGUAUCCUAAGCUGUUAUUGCCUUUUAAGGUUUUCGUUUCUUGUCGAUUUAAAACCUUGGAAACUUGGGUUUGGAAGGUUAAGUUUGUACAUAAUGUCAAAUGCCUGUGAAUCAUUGCAAAAUACAAAAUUUGUGGAUGAUUAGUCAACUAGAUGGACGACAUGAAAUUGGUUAUAAUUGAUACUCUGUUACGCAUUUAACAAA